AUGAGUGUGGUCAUUAAGGCGCCUCAAGGUGCAAGGACUGCUCAUUUUCGUACGUUAGAGAGAGAAAGCCGAUUCGCAAAUCCCCCCAAAGAUAAAUCUGCAUAUCCGCUUCUGCAAGAAGCUGUGGAGCCUCAUGUUGGCUCGUUCAAUGCCUUGACCGAGGGGCCUUCUGGUGGGCUCUUGAACCUUGGUGUUCAGGAUAUUGGAUCUAAAAUUGUGUUCGACGGGAAACUGUCCGAAGAAAAUCCCGAUUUCCUGGGUAACAAGUUAGCUCUCAAAGUUGAGCAAGUAACGAUCUCUAAACCCAUGUCAAACGAUGGUGUUUCGUCAGCCGUUGAAAGAAAAGUAUUUCCAGCGGAAUCUAGACAACGACUUGCGUCCUACAGAGGUAAACUUUUACUCAAGUUGAAGUGGAGCGUUAAUGACGGCGAAGAGAGUUUUAGUGAAGUACGGGACUGCGGUGGUUUGCCCGUCAUGCUGCAGAGUAACAGAUGUCAUUUGAACAAGCUGUCGCCACAUGAGCUUGUUGAAAGAAAGGAGGAAAGUGACGAACUCGGGGGCUAUUUCAUCGUCAACGGUAUCGAAAAACUUAUAAGAAUGUUGAUUGUACAACGCAGAAACCAUCCUAUGGCGAUCAUUAGACCCUCUUUCGCCAACAGAGGCGCUUCUUACUCGCAUUUCGGUAUUCAAAUAAGAUCUGUGAGGCCUGAUCAAACUUCUCAAAGUAAUGUUUUGCACUAUCUGAACGAUGGCGAAGUGACGUUCCGUUUUUCUUGGAGAAAAAAUGAAUAUUUGGUUCCCGUAGUGAUGAUUUUGAAAGCGCUUUCGGACGCGAGUGAUAGGGAGAUUUUCGAUGGAAUCGUAGGUUCCGACACGUCCAAUUCGUUCUUAACCGAUCGUUUGGAAUUGUUGUUGCGUGGUUUCAAAAAAAGAUAUCCUCAACUUCAAAACCGUCGCCAAGUUCUACAAUACCUCGGUGACAAAUUCCGCAUCGUGUUCCAAGCAGCACCUGACAUGACUGAUUAUGAGGUUGGUGAAGAAGUAUUGAACAGAAUUGUUCUGGUGCAUCUUGGAGAUGAGCAGGACGACAAAUUUCGAAUGUUACUCUUCAUGGUAAGGAAGCUUUACUCUUUGGUUGCAGGUGAAUGCUCGCCAGACAAUCCAGAUGCCACUCAACAUCAGGAAGUCUUGCUAGGUGGCUUCUUGUAUGGUAUGAUUAUCAAAGAAAAGAUAGAAGAGUAUUUGCAAAAUAUAAGACUUCAAAUUCAGUCUGAUGUCAACCGUGGUCUCGCUGUGGAUUUCAAAGACCGUAAAUAUAUGAACAGAGUUCUCAUGAGAGUCAACGACAAUAUUGGCUCGAAGCUACAGUAUUUCCUGUCCACUGGUAAUCUGGUAUCUCAAUCGGGUCUUGAUUUGCAGCAAGUCUCGGGUUACACUGUGGUUGCAGAAAAGAUUAAUUUCUACCGGUUUAUUUCGCAUUUCCGCAUGGUGCAUAGAGGAUCUUUCUUCGCACAACUAAAAACAACGACUGUUAGAAAAUUGCUGCCAGAAUCCUGGGGGUUCUUGUGUCCAGUGCACACACCAGAUGGUUCGCCAUGUGGUUUGUUAAAUCAUUUUGCACACAAAUGUAAGAUCUCGACCAAACAGUCCGAUGUCUCUCACGUUCCUGCCCUCCUUUACAAUCUGGGUGUAUCUCCUGCCUCUCACACAUUUGCCGCAGGACCCACGAUGUGCUGCGUUCAGUUAGAUGGUAAGAUAAUUGGCUGGUGCUCACAUGAACAAGGAAGAAUCAUUGCUGACACCCUAAGAUUCUGGAAAGUGGAGGGCGAGACACCCGGUUUGCCUUUGGAUAUUGAAAUUGGGUAUGUUCCGCCUUCGAGCCGUGGUCAAUACCCUGGUCUUUACAUCUUCGGUGGUCACUCCAGGAUGAUGAGACCAGUGCGCUAUUUGCCACUAGACAAGGAAGACAUCGUUGGUCCAUUUGAACAGGUUUACAUGAAUAUUGCGGUUACUCCUAAAGAGAUUCAGAACAACAUUCACACGCACGUCGAAUUUGCCCCCACAAAUAUCCUUUCAAUUCUUGCUAACCUAACACCUUUUUCCGACUUUAACCAGUCACCAAGAAACAUGUACCAAUGUCAAAUGGGUAAACAAACUAUGGGUACUCCGGGUGUUGCACUAUGUCACCGUUCUGAUAACAAGCUAUAUUGUUUACAGACGGGACAAACUCCUAUUGUGAAAGCCAAUCUAUAUGAUGAUUACGGCAUGGAUAACUUUCCAAACGGUACGAAUGCCGUCGUGGCUGUCAUCUCCUACACCGGUUAUGAUAUGGACGACGCCAUGAUCAUCAACAAGUCGGCCGAUGAAAGAGGAUUUGCCUACGGUACAAUGUACAAGACUGAAAAGAUCGACUUGUCUCUGAACAGAGGGCGUGGAGAUCCAAUCACUCAGCAUUUUGGUUUUGGCGAAGAUGAGUGGCCUAAAGAGUGGUUAGAGAAACUUGACGAAGAUGGAUUGCCACUAAUAGGUACAUUUGUUGAGGAGGGAGAUCCCGUAUGUGCCUACUUCGACGACACCCUCAAUAAGACCAAAAUCAAAACAUAUCAUUCAUCAGAACCUGCCUACAUCGAAGAAGUCAGGUUGAUAGGAGACGAGUCCAGCAAAUUCCAGGAGCUUCAAACGGUUUCCAUAAAGUACAGAAUAAGAAGAACUCCUCAAAUUGGAGAUAAAUUUUCUUCCAGACAUGGUCAAAAAGGUGUCUGUUCUCGUAAAUGGCCCGCCAUCGACUUGCCGUUUAGCGAAACUGGGAUUCAGCCGGACGUCAUCAUUAACCCCCAUGCUUUCCCUUCGCGUAUGACCAUCGGUAUGUUUGUCGAGUCGCUUGCUGGAAAAGCGGGUGCACUACAUGGGGAGGCGCAUGACGCUACGCCUUGGUCCUUCACCGAGGAAGACACGCCUGCCGACUAUUUCGGUGAACAGCUCUUGCAAGCUGGGUACAAUUAUCACGGAAACGAGCCAAUGUACUCGGGCGCCACCGGUGAAGAACUUCGCGCGGAUAUAUAUAUUGGUGUCGUCUAUUACCAAAGACUGCGGCAUAUGGUUAACGAUAAGUUCCAAGUGCGUUCUACAGGUCCUGUCAACAGUCUGACAAUGCAACCAGUGAAGGGUAGAAAGAGACAUGGUGGUAUCCGUGUGGGUGAAAUGGAAAGAGACGCAUUAAUCGGGCACGGUACGUCUUUCCUUCUACAAGACCGUCUGCUCAACUGUUCGGACUAUACUCAGACUUCCGUGUGCCGUGAAUGUGGCUCCAUUCUCACGACGCACUAUAGUGCUCCUCGCAUAGGCGCAGCUGCCGCCGUCCGCUGUCGUCGCUGUGCUCUCAAGCUCGAAGAUGCCAAGAAGAUUCUGUCACAAGCAAAGGAAAAUGAAUCCGUUUUCAUCGACGAUUCCCAUAUUUGGGAAGAUGCCCAAGGUAGCAAAUUCGUCGGUGGCAGCGACACAACCACCGUCGCCAUUCCUUUUGUCUUGAAAUAUCUGGACUCUGAGCUUUCGGCAAUGGGUAUCCGGCUGCGGUACAACGUCGAGCCAAAAUAA